AUGUUCAAGUUUUAAUUUUAUUGGCUGAGCUGGUCACUGGAGCCCUAUUUAUCGCAAGCCAAUAUAAAAUAACAAGUUCUUUAAUUUUUAUUUGAUUUUAAGGGUUCUUUUGCGUCGUUAGUCAAAGAAGCAUUGGCAUGAUGUGCAGAAUUGCCUGAGUUUGGAGGGGCUGUUUUGUUUUUUCUCCAUCAGGGAAUAUUCCUCAGACCGUUGAGGUACCAUCCAGAAGUCAUGUCUUUCAUACUGGGCCACGUGUCUCGUCUGGGAGCCAGUCGGCUGGGGCCACUGACUGCUUCUGUCUCGGCGGCCCGGCGCCUGGCCAGCUCUGCACCGCCCGCCUAUGAGCACAUUAUCGUCUCGCAGCGCGGCGACGGCGGCCGGGUCACCCUCAUCCAGCUAAACCGGCCCAAGUCGCUGAACGCGCUCUGUAGCCCGCUGAUGAGCGAGCUGCUGGAGGCGGUGACGGCCGCCGAGCGCGACCCGGCCGUCGGUGCCGUCGUUCUCACCGGCAGCGACAAGGCGUUCGCCGCCGGCGCCGACAUCAAGGAGAUGCAGGACAAAAAGUUUGCCGACGUGUACCGCGGACGCUUUCUGGCCUUCUGGGGUGGCGUGGCCGACUGCUCCAAGCCGGUGAUUGCCGCCGUGAACGGGUACGCGCUGGGCGGCGGCUGCGAGCUGGCCAUGAUGUGCGACAUCAUCUACGCCGGCGAGAAGGCCCGCUUCGGGCAGCCGGAGAUCGCGCUGGGCACGAUCCCGGGCGCCGGCGGCACCCAGCGGCUGACGCGCGCCGUCGGCAAGUCCAAGGCCAUGGAGAUGUGCCUGACGGGCGACAUGAUCGACGCGCAGACGGCCGAGCGCGCGGGCCUGGUGAGCCGCGUGGUGCCCGUGGGGGAGCUGGUGGAUGCCGCUAUCCAGGCCGCUGACAAGAUCGCCUCGCACUCGCAACUCACGGUGGCCAUGUGCAAGGAGGCCGUCAACGCUGCCUACGAGACCACCCUCCAGGAGGGACUCCACUUCGAGAAGCGCCUAUUCCACACCACAUUUGCCACAGACGACAGGCGCGAGGGCAUGACGGCAUUUGUUGAGAAGCGCAAGCCCAAGUUCACCGACAGCUAAGUAAGUGGUUGAUGAGCUGUGCGAGGUGGGCACUGGGUAGGGAGGACUGAUCCGGGUAUAGUGGUUUGGGGACGCUUUUGUAGGGGUGCAGUAAUGUUUAUUCUGUUGUGACUUACUGAAAAUUUGCUUGAAGCACUGCCCUUUUAUAUGAGAGGUUUGGGAUGAUGAUGAUUGCAAGUGGAGGUCGAUUUUCAUUCUCCUAAGGGAGCUUCUGCAAUGUCUUGAAAGUUGUUUUAUGCUGGCAGAGGGUCUUCUGCGUAAAAGGAAGCUUUUCUCAGUAUCCCGGCAUUCGUUAAUGUCAGUGGCAUCACAACGUCUAUUUUGUCACUUUCGCAACCAUUUGACCUAACGUUGAAGGCAUUGAGUACUGAGUAGUGGGCGCAAGGCCAUAGUGGACGCCAUUAGCUCGAUGGAUCUAGCCCGCAAUAUGUUAACAGUAAUGUGAAGUGAUUUAAUGGUGGAUAGUGGAUGCAUUUUGGAGUAGCUAUAGUAAUCCAGAUAUGAAUAUAUGUACCGGGAGUUCCUAAAUAAACAGACGAUUUUAAAAGUCAUUUAUUUCCAGUUCCAAUGACAAAAUCCAAUGAAAACCAUAACUGUUGUAUAGCACAGUCAAUGCUAUUUUAUAUUGGUCUGGUCACUGUCUCACUGGCCACUCACUGAUGGCGGCAGAGCACAUGCUCCAGAUGCUCUCCCUUCCGCUCCAGGCACAGAACGGCGCGGCUCCGUGCCGACUCCAGCGCGGCCCGGCAUAUCUCGGGUCGCACUCGGCGGACUGCACAGGUCACAGCUUCUUUGAGCUCCUCUAAGGUUCCCGGGUUGUUCCUGUACACCUGGUCCUUAAGGUGACCCCAGAGGAAGAAGUCACAUGGCGUCAAGUCGGGUGAGCGCGCGGGCCAGCUGUGCACCUCUCCCCGUGAGAUCAGCCUCUGACCAAAGCGGUCGCGCAGCCAUUUCCGGGUGGCGCCGGCCGUGUGCGCGGUGGCGCCGUCCUGCUGGAACCACUGGCUGUCCAGCUGCUGUGUAGCGCCGCCCAGCUUCCGCCUCAGCGCAGUCCAAAACCUGCUGAUGACCUUCCGGUACCGCUGUGCGUUAACCGUUACAGUGGCCCCAGCGCUGUCCUCGAACCAGAAAGGGCCAAUCACGCCCUUGCUGCUGAUCGCACAAAACGCAGUGCACUUGGCGCUGUGCAGAGGGGCUUCAGCGACGACAUCUGGCAGGUCGGUCGACCAGAACCGAAAGUUUUGAGAGUUAACACGUCCAUCGAGGUGAAAAUUCGCUUCAUCAGUGAACCAGAUCUGGUGGAGAAAGUAGCUAUCGUCGUCGCAGUUCCUCAGAAACCAGCCGCUGUACAGCAUUCAUGCCUGUUUGUCGGACUCCGUCAGUGUUUGGUGAACAGACACCUUAUAAGAAAACAGCUGACAGUCAGUCCUGGGCAGCCGUUGAGCCGUUGUCUUGCUGCAGCCCAGCUCCUGGCUCAGCCGCCUCAGGGACUUGUUGGGACUCCGCUGGAGAGCCUUCUGGGUCUUUUCCACGUUGUCAGGUGUUCGUUUUGUCUUCUUUCGGCCGCAUCGACCCUUCCUGAGGUUCUCAACACUGCCAUGGGCCAGAAACUUCUCCACCAAACUCAAAAUAACAUUUCUCGAUGGUGCUUUCCGGGUCUUAAAAAACCGCCGAUAUUUACGUUGUGUACCGACGAUAGAUUUUGUCUCAAUAUAUAAGCGUAUGACUUUUGUUUUUUCGUCUGUACUGUAUGGUUUCAUGGUGACAAGUGAUUGAAACUGGAUCACACAAAAAAGCAAUGAACGUGCUUUCAGCACGUACACUUUUAUUAACAUAAUUUUAAUCACAGCCACCGCCAGAGGGAAAUUAAAUUCGUCUGUUUAUUUAGGAACUCCCGGUAUAUGAUAUACUGGAACGUUUUCCAUCGAUAUUUGAUAUUUAAUCGCAACGGCAGCUGUUAUGUCAAUGCCGCUGUUCUCUGUAACAGACUCAUCAAUGAUGAUCAAGUUACGUGACGGAUUUUCACGCAAUGGUAUGUAUUCUGUAUAGCGUGAUGAAAUAAAUUUAUUGACACUACAAUAUUGUCAAUACCCCGUGCAA